CCGAGCGGGCGGGGCUGCGCGGGAGGCGCGGUCACGUGAGCGGCAGCAAGAUGGCCGCGUUCCCCUGGCACGCAAGAUCAAGGAACUAUGUGUCAGAAUCUGAAGUGUGCAAGCUGGAAUCUGUACCCUUGGAUUUUGGUGAUUACCAUCCACUGAAACCCAUUACAGUUACUGAAUCCAAGACGAAGAAGAUGAACAGGAAGGGAAGUACUUCUUCUACCUCCUCCUCUUCCUCUAGUUCAAUGAUGGACCCUCUGAGCAGUGUGUUGGAUGGCACUGAUCCCUUGUCGUUGUUUGCAGCAGCUGCAGAUCCUGUGACUUCUGCUCCUCCCACGGAUGGUGCACGAAGGAAACGGGAUAAAGAUGAGAGCUCAGCAGUAGGGAGUGACUUUGAGCCAUGGUCAAGCAAACGUGGUGAAAUCCUUGCUAGAUACACAACAACAGAGAAGCUUUCUAUUAAUCUGUACAUGGGAUCUGAAAAAGGAAAAGUCACCACUACUGGUUCAGCAGUUUCUGAAAAAGUGAGAACAAGGUUAGAAGAACUGGAUGAUCUGGAAGAGGGAUCACAGAAAGAGCUGUUGAAUUUGACUCAGCAGGAUUACAUGAACCGAAUUGAAGAACUGAACCAGUCUUUAAAGGAUGCAUGGUCCUCUGAUCAGAAAGUAAAAGCUCUGAAAAUAGUCAUCCAGUGUUCUAAGCUUCUUUCAGACACAACAGUAAUCCAGUUUUAUCCCAGUAAAUUUGUUUUAAUUACAGAUAUCCUUGAUACUUUUGGGAAGUUGGUGUAUGAAAGAAUUCUGUCAAUGUGUGUGGAUAACCGAGUCUCUCUGCCAGAUAACUUUUCUCCAGAGAGCGUUAACGAUACAGCUAAAGAAACCUGCUUAAACUGGUUUUUCAAGAUUGCUUCAAUCAGAGAACUUAUUCCCAGAUUUUACGUGGAAGCAGCAAUACUGAAGUGCAACAAGUUCCUAUCCAAAACGGGCAUUUCGGAAUGUCUCCCACGGUUAACAGCUAUGAUUAGAGGAAUUGGAGAUCCACUGGUUGCAGUCUAUGCCAGAGCAUACCUUUGCAGGGUUGGGAUGGAAGUGGCACCACAACUCAAAGAAAGCCUGAAUAAAAACUUUUUUGACUUUCUCCUAACAUUUAAACAAAUACAUGGGGAUACAGUUCAGAACCAGCUGGUGGUGCAAUGUGUGGAGAUCCCUUUGUAUUUGACCCUAUAUUCUCCUGCUAUAGACUGGAUUUUACAGUGUAUUGCAUACCAUGCUCCAGAUGUUCUGCUUACUGAGAUGAUGGAGAGAUGCAAAAAGUUGGGGAACAAUGCUUUGCUGUUGAAUUCAGUCAUGUCAGCGUUCAGAGCAGAGUUUAUUGCUGCAAGAUCAAUGGACUUCAUUGGCAUGAUUAAAGAGUGUGAUGAGUCUGGAUUCCCAAAGCAUCUCCUCUUUCGCUCCCUGGGAUUAAACUUGGCAUUGGCUGAUCCUCCUGAAAAUGAUCGCCUUCAGAUAUUAAAUGAAGCCUGGAAGGUUAUAACAAAGCUGAAGAAUCCACAGGAUUAUAUCAACUGUGCUGAAGUGUGGGUGGAGUAUACCUGCAGACAUUUUACGAAGCGAGAGGUCAAUACGGUUCUGGCUGAUGUCAUCAAGCAUAUGACUCCUGAUCGAGCAUUUGAAGAUGCUUACCCCCAGCUGCAGUCAAUUAUUCAGAAAGUUAUUACCUAUAUCUAUGACUUUGCUCUGCUUUUUUCAGUGGAGAAAUUCCUGCCAUUUCUGGAUAUGUUCCAGAAGGAAAGUGUGAGAGUGGAGGUUUGCAAGUGCAUUAUGGAAUCUUUUAUUAAGCAUCAGCAGGAGUCGACGAAGGAUCCUGUUAUCCUCAAUGCUCUCCUGCACAUCUGCAAGACGAUGCACGAUUCUGUGAAUGCACUAACACUUGAGGAUGAGAAAAGAAUGUUAGCAGCUCUGAUAAAUGGAUUCAUAAAAAUGGUUUCAUUUGGCCGUGACUUUGAGCAACAGCUGAGUUUCUAUGUUGAAGCCAGGUCAAUGUUUUGCAAUCUGGAGCCUGUUCUAGUCCAGCUGAUUCAUUCUGUGAACCAACUAGCAAUGGAAACCAGAAGGGUGAUGAAAGGAAAUCAUUCCAGAAAGACUGCUGCAUUUGUCAGGGCUUGUGUUGCCUUCUGCUUCAUUACAAUUCCAUCUCUGAGCAGUAUCUUCACACGUCUUAAUCUGUAUCUACACUCUGGACAGGUUGCUCUGGCAAAUCAGUGCCUUUCACAAGAGCUUCUCUUAUUGGAAGCAAAUCCAAAGCAGUUUUUCUGUAAUAUUUGGUCUUCGAGAAUUAUUCUCUGGCCAUGUUGGGACCCACUCUGUGAUUUAAUAUCUUUCAACUUAUAAACUGCUUUUCAACUACUUUUGUGAUCCAGUUCUUCUCUGGGUGAGACUCCUGGGCCCCAAAAAUUGCCCAGAUUUUUCGGUGUUAGGGUUUACACAUCUGCACAGCUGUUGUUUGACACAUGAAUACAGUGUACUCACAAAGCAAUUUAUAGGAUCCCCAUCCUGAAAUCUUUUAAGGUUGCAGAUAUAUACAAAGUAUUAUGAAGUCAGUCUCUAAAGUGUGGUUCAUUCACCACAUUCUCCUGAAUUUUGGACCCACAAGUUAGAGAGAGGACCAUUUGGUCCAUCUCUGCUUUUGUUAAAAUGAAGCCAGAGCAAAACUGAUGUUCAGUAACUCACUGCAUUUACCGAGGUUUUAUAGUUACUCACUUUUUUGCACCCCUAGCAAAGCUAUUUUGGGUAUAAGUUGUACUCAGAGACAUGUCACUUGCAUGAGUAAUUUAGCAUGUUAAACAGGCACUGUCUUGGGACUUUUUUUGUGAACUGUCUUUCCAUGUGUUGAUGCACCGAAGUCACAUAAUGUGUCCUUGAAAGUUACUUUUCACACAGUUUAAUCUGUAUCUCAACUGAAUGAGAAAGAAGUAAGAAGUACUGAUUAAUUCAUAACAGCAAAUUUCACUCCAGUCAGUUAACUGGUGCCAAUUAGACACUGAUCUGCUAAAACCAAUGCAGCAUGAAGUGAAGAUUUAAGCAUGUGCCAUUAAUGGUAGCACUAGGCCAGGAAGGGAAACUGUGCCUUGUCUGUAACCUUUAUUUCAUGCUGAUUUGAAUUAGCUUAAUUAGUUUAAAAUUGUGAAGAGAAAUAAAGCUGAAAGGUAAUGUACCUGAUCUGAUAGCUCAGUCAGCAGUGGUGCACGUGUCUUCCUCUUUAAAGAUUCCAGCUGGUGUUUGUAGCAAGGUAAAGUCUUGGCUUUUUCUCAAUUUUAAGUUUCUGUGGGGAGUCCAGCUGUUUCAGUGAGUUGACUUUUCACUUGAACACAUAACAAAAUUGAGUACCACAACUUCUGUUGGCAAUAGGAAGAUUUCUCUAAAUUGCCAAUGUAUCUAUCUUGAAAAAAGAAGGAUGUGCAGGUCAUAACAAUAAAUGGAUUUAUGAGUCUGAGGAUUGCAUUCUAAACUAUCAGCAAUUGGAGAACCACAGCUAAUCUGCUUAGAAAAGUUUGGAGUUUGCCUCAUUCCUCAUUUCAAGGGGCAGCAGUAGUAACCAUCAGUCCUUGUGCCUCACUGCUCCCAUUUCCUCUGUCCCAGCCUUGCUUGCUUGGAUUUGCCACACUUUAAAUCAAAUAGAAGUGUUUGAACUCAUCCAAAUACUUCAGUAUUAGAAAAUUGUACUUUUUUCAUAGAAUAGAUUUUCUUUAAGACAAUGACGUUGGUCAGAACUGUGAAUUUAUACGCUCAUGAAACUCCAGCAUUAAUACACUGAUGGAUGCCUGUCUGGGAAUGUUCAGAAUGUAUUAAAAAUGACUGUUGCCUCUUUCUUGGCCAGAUCCCAAAACUUGCUUUAAAUGAAAUGAAUCUGUAAUUAUGUUUAAAAUGUUUUAGGUGAAUUUGCCCUGGAUGCAUAGUUUGUGCCUCUGGAGAGCCUAUUAAAGGCCCACCUUUGAAAUGAGGAUGCUAGAUUUUACAGAGAUGAGCUUUUCAUUUUUCUUAACUGAGCCACUGAGCACUGCAUGCUGCCAACAGAGAAUAAUAAAUUCUCAUUGGUCAUGCUUUCUGUCGUGGGGGUGCUUGGACUAAAUUGAGAUUAAAUGCAUGCUCCAUUGUGUCACUCUUUUGGGCUUCUGAGAUACAGGUAUCAUUUUCAUUGCACACAUUUCCUCCCUGUGGAAAUGCUGCUUUUGUCUGUCAAAAAAAAAGAGACAGCAUGAGUUUUUAAUGUUUGGUCACAGCAUUUAGCAGGUGGUAGAGAUGACAUAACUUUCUGGUAAUGUGUGUGAAGCAGCAUUUUUGUUUUAAAGGCUGUGAAAUCUUUGCCUCACUUGAAAAAUAACAUGCUGAGUGAAUAAGGCAGUGGGAUGGGGUGUGUGUUGCAUUUACUGAUUUCACCUUAAGAAUAGAAUUUCUUGUGUCCAGUGUCCUUGCUGAUACUGUCUGAUGGCCCUAUAUGAAUCUUCCACUUAUGUCUCUGUAGGCCUUUGUCUCCAAGUACUAAAGCCUUGUAACAGUCUUUAAUCAAGCUAUGCCUAAAACUGGCUCUGCCAAGCUUCAUCCACAUAACUACCUUUUUAUCUGCAGCUAAUUCAUAGUAUGAAUUAACAUAGUACAUUCCAGCUCACCAAGCAGCAGCGCAUUCAUUUUCUAAUUUCAAGUUUUUUCCUUCAACGAAUUCUUGGUUGUUUCUGGAUUGGAAGUGAUGUGUAGAGAUCUUUAAGAUGGAGAACAAUUAGCAGGAGUUUGAGGGAAAACCACAUUUCAAGAAUGUGGCAAAACUCUCACAAUGCUCCUGACCUCAUCAAUGUGAGAAGAAGAAGAAGAGGAUUCAACUGUUUACAGUGUUUGGUUGUCAAAACAAUAAUGGAUUAAUUUAUUUAACAGAAAAAACAGAGUAACAAAACCCCCACGCUUGCUUCUCAAUAAUUUUUUGCACUGCAGUAUAAGCUUCAUUAAAUUUCCAACAUCUGUUGGAUGUGGAAGUAAAAUCUUCAGAGUAUUAAAUUAGGUUUGACAGUGUAAGACAGGGAAGUGGUGUGGAAUGCAGAAGAUAUGCAUGGUCCUUGGUUUUGUCCUUUGGGUGGACUUAGCAUGGUGUAAUUGUAGCUGUGACUAAAAAUACUUUGGGUAGUUAUGUUAAACUCGCUCCCUUUUGCUCUUUGAAGGUGGCCUUAAGGAGUUUAAUUGUUUUCCCAUGUGAAAACAAUUCCUCCUUAUUUUUGCCUGCCUGAAAUCUUGAAUUUGUGCACUUUAAUUAGCUAUCAGAGAUACAGAAAAUACAAUGCAAGCUGAAUUUUUAUAUCUAGAGAGAAUGAUUUGUAGAAAUAUAUGGAGGUACAUAUAGUUGUGUGUAGGUACAAUUAAACAUGUACAUAUGUCAUAGUGAAUAUUGUCAAUAGCAGAACAUUCAGCACCAAUUGCACUUGUUUUUUCUUCUGUAGGAGGCUAAUUCUGGAAGUGCUGACUUGGCUAUCCAAGACUGUUAGUUUUUGUAGCCUGAAGGUCAGCAUGUAUGCUUGGGGAAAGAUUUAUAGGAUUAUGGUCAACCAGAAUGAAGGAGCUGCUGUGAAAGGAUGAAUGUAGUGAAGCAUGAAGUAUGUUACAUUCAGAGCACUGCACAAGAUAUUAACAGCAGUUGGGGAAGGCUCCAUCAUGGUGAUUUGCUGUAAUGCACAGCCUGCUCUCCCCUUAUCCAGUUUAACAGUGGUUCACUUAAGAAGCAGUGUUGUACUUUAGGCAGAUAAGAAAACAGCAUCCUUCAUCAGAAGAAGCCUUUUUUAUCUUAUUUUUAGUUUUUUAAUCAAGAAUCAAGAUUGUUGUGGUUUUUAGUGCUUUUUAAGUAGUUCCUUAUAUCUUUUGGAAGCCACGAAAAGUGAUGUAUGGUUUUGUUUUAAAACAUCUCUACAGUAAUAGUUUUUAAAAAAUACUUUUAAAGAUACAGAGAAACCAUCAUUGCAUAACCUCAUAAUUAAUGUAAUUCAGAAUUAAACACUGAUGCUAAUUUCAUACUUGAAAAAGCAGCAUGUCUGUGACAACCUUUUUAGUGAGGCUUUUCUCCAAACUCAGAGCAUGUAAUGCAUACUCUAACUCCUCUCUGCCAGGAUGCUAAUGUUUAGAGGACGGGUCAUUUUCUACAAUCUGUAAUAAAAAAAUAAAAACCUUUGCAUUGAUAGGCUUUUUUUUUUUUUUUUUCCUUCUUAUGAAGCACAUAUAUCUUGGAUAAAUGUGCUUUUAGUGUCCCAGCGUAAAACCAUUCCAUGGUUAGCACAGAUUGGCAGGACUUACUACAAAAUGAACAUAUUCUCCUUUGCCAGUUCUGGAUGUAGCAAAGUGAAAUACAACUGUUUUGUGCUGUAUUGCUUUUUUGGCUUGCCUUGCUGCAUGGAGUGGGGAAAGCAGAGGGGAAAAAGGCAAGGAGCAAGAAUUAGAAGUGUGGGGCAGGAGCCUCAGUGUGCGUUGUGUGGGCAGGGACAGCGUGUGGGGCUUGCAGGGUGACCCUGUGGCCACGGGAGCAGCAGCUGUGGCUGCAGGGACAGGAGGGCACGGGUGGAAGCCCAGGGAGCUGCUGGCAGCACAGACAGGUCCAGGGCAGCUGGGCACCGCUCUCAGCAGCCGGGGAACCUGGCAGCUCCUGGCUCUGGAGCUGCUCAGCCAGAGCAGCUCUCAUUCACAGACACGGCGGGAGGCAAGGACAGUAAAUUGAAUCAAAUGUCAGGUUUUCAAAUAGAAAA